AUGUUGCUCAGGGAAACUUGGAUCAGAAGUUCAGAACCCAAGAUUCAGAUGCUCACCUGGGAAACGAAGAAGUGGACGGAUGCGUGCAGGAGACGACGAUACGAAGCGCUCAACUUGGCGGCGCCGGUGGGAAUGGCGACCCUAGCGGCUCUGGCGCUGCUUCUAUGCAUCUCCAUGACCUCCAUGGACGGGUGCGCCGCCGCUCAGUACAAGGUGGGCGGGCUGGACGCGUGGGGGGUGCCGCCGUCCAGCAAGCCGGACGUGUAUGUGCGGUGGGCCAAGUCCGUCCCCGUCAAGCUCGGCGAUGCCCUCUUCUUCCUCUACCCACCCAGCCAGGACAGCGCCGUGCAGCUCACCGCCAAGGCCUUCACCGCCUGUGACGUGUCCGACCCGCUGCUCAAGCUGGAGGACGGCAACUCCGUCUUCAACCUCACCAAGCCCGGGCGGGCCUACUUCAGCAGCGCCGCCCCGGGGCGCUGCCGCAAGGGCCAGAAGUUCAAGCUGCGAUGA